AUUUCUUUUUGUUUUGAAUGCAGUCACACUAACAGUCGCUUUAGGAUUUUACAAAAUAAAUAUAAUUUUAAGACAAUAUGAGCUUGGAACAACAACCGGUGGUAGAUCCAAAAAAUCCCCAUGGGCUUGGGGAUCCCAACGACACAUCGUUGCGCAAGGUGGAACGGGAGGUUCUGAUACCCAAGAUCAUGCGAGAUCGGGCGAAGGAAGAGUUCUGCUCCAAAGAAGUGGCUGAUUUCCAAGAGUGCUGCAAAGCUAGCAGUAUCAUGAUGGUGGCCACCUGUCGAAAGCAGAACGCCGCUCUGAAGGAAUGCCUCACUGGGUGGUACCAAAACGAGGCUUUUAAGGAGGAGUGCAAGAAGAUAUAUCUGCAAGAGAGGGCCGAUUAUCGCAGUACAGGCAUACCCAAGAAGCACCGCCUUGAGAAGUUGUAGUAAAUCCUUAAAAUAGUUCCUUAUUGUUGUUGUUUGCUUUGUACAAAAGUUGAGUAAUUGAAACGA